CUCAACAACUAUCUAUUAAGCAUUUAGGCUCAGUUAAAGCGAGGAGCCUUUUUAAAGUUUCACAGAGCGGCAUUGUUCUCUGCUACUGCGGGAACCUUUCUGCUCUGUCCGCUGCUUUCACUCGGAGCUCUUGGAGAGGAACACCAGUAGGACACUUCCGGCAGCUGAGCGCACUCCGCGACGAAGAUGAGCACCAAACAGGUGACCUGCAGGUAUUUCCUCCACGGUGUCUGCAGAGAGGGCAGCCAGUGUAUGUUCUCUCAUGAUGUGAACAACAGCAAACCCUCAACCAUCUGCAAAUACUAUCAGAGAGGAACUUGUGCCUACGGAGAGCGCUGCAGGUAUGAUCAUGUGAAACCUUCCAGAGGAGGAGGCGGCGGAGCUUCGGAGGGCCAGGCAGGUGUAGGCAGAGGGGUCAGAGGUGAAGGGCGGAAGCCGAUGGUCCUAAGAGACAGAGCUCUGGGCAGUGACCGAGCGUUCGGAGGCCCGUCGGAAAGGCUACAGUCAUUGGCACCAGAGGCAGCCGCUGCGCCGCAUUCUUACCGGGAUGCUAUAAGAACCGGGUUGGAUAGCUCUGUUUCAGAACCAGUGUCUAACACAAUGGGCGGGGUCUACCAACUCUGUCCCUAUGCCGCUGCCGGACAUUGUUACUAUGAAGACAGCUGCCCCUAUCUCCACGGCGACCUGUGUGAGGUGUGCAGACUGCAAGUGCUCCACCCCCAUGAUCCCGAGCAGAGGAAAGCUCACGAGAAGAUGUGCAUGCUGGCGUUCGAGGCUGACAUGGAGAAGGCGUUUGCAGCUCAGCUUAGCCAGGGCAAGGUGUGCUCCAUCUGCAUGGAGGUGGUUGUCCAGAAGGCCAUACCGUCGGAGCGAAGGUUCGGGAUCCUGUCCUCCUGCUGCCACACCUUCUGCCUCAACUGCAUCAGGAAGUGGCGUUUAACCAGGAACUUCUCCAACAAGAUCAUCAAGUCAUGUCCAGAAUGUCGGAUCAUCUCUGAGUUCGUCAUCCCAUCGGUUUACUGGGUGGAGGACCAGGAGGAGAAGGAUCACCUGAUCGAACUCUUUAAGUCAGGUGUCAGUAAGAAGGCCUGUAAGUACUUCGAUCAGGGUCGCGGAACGUGUCCCUUUGAAGGAAACUGUCUGUACCUUCAUGCUUUCCCCGAUGGAAGACUGGCAGAACCGGACCGACCUCGGAAACAGCUAAGCUCUGAGGGAAACGUCCGGUUCAUGAACAACGUCCGUCUGUGGGACUUCAUCGAGGAACGAGAACAGCGUACGGUCCCACCCAUGCCAACCCUAGAUGAUGAUAUCACAGAGCUGCGAGAGCUCUUCAUGCAGAUGUCUGGGCCGAGCGACCAGGAAGCUGAGGCCCCACCCGACCCUGUGCAGUAAAAAAAAAAAAAAACGUGGUGCCAUCCUGCUGUCUCCAUGGUAACCUGGGGCAGAGCUAGGCAGCCAUGUUUGCUCCUGAUUAAAGAUCAUGACCUCUUUGUGGGUCUGAGAACGGACAAAUGUGUAACUAAUGACCUAUGAAGUAAAAACGGAGACCAUUUAAAGAUGAAGCUGCUUC